CUCUCUUCUCAUCUCUUCAAGCCAUUCUAUCAAACCUUGAGAGAGAGAGAGAGAACACAGACGAAACCAAAGUUUCUUCAUUCUCGCUGCCUCGGAUAAAAUAAAUCUCUUCUUCUGCGGCGGCGACAAAAAGAAGCAAAAAAAAAAAAAGUUUCGAUCUUUAUAUUGUCUGUUUUUUUUCCUCUCUUUCAAGAAACCAUAUUACUUACUACAAGAAAUGGCUCGUUCUCUAUCUAACGUUAAGAUCGUAUCUGCUUUCGUCACUCACGAACUCUCCAAUGCUAUCUUCCGACGUGGUUAUGCGGCAGCGGCGGUGCAAGGGGGCGGUGGAAGAAGCGGAGCUGUUGCUUCGGCUGUGAUGAAGAAGAAGGGAGUGGAGGAAUCGACCAAGAAGAUUUCUUGGGUUCCUGAUCCCAAAACCGGUUAUUACAGACCCGAAACCGGUUCCAACGAGAUUGACCCGGCUGAGCUUAGAGCAGCUCUCUUGAACAACAAGCAGUGAUUUUUAAUUAAUUUUGAUUAAUUAUUAUUACAUGUUAAUUUUUCAAGGGGAGGAGAUUAGGGGAAGUGGGUAAUGAUCUGGUGCAGUGAACCUUAUUUUUCAUCUGCUAAGUUCGAUUCUGUAAUAAAUUAAUUUGAGAGAACCCAUUUUGGUUUCCUCUACUUGUAACAAAAGAAUUGAUUGAUGUAUGAUGGUUGUAUCUCAUAUAAUAUAGUUUUUCUAAAUCAUUUAA